UCCCUCAUCGUGCCCUGCGGCCUCAUCGCCUGGAGCCUCUUCAACGACACCUACGCCUUCUCCGUCAACAAGAAGUCGGUGACGGUGAACAAGAAGGACAUCGCCUGGGCCAGCGACAAGAACAGCAAGUUCGGCAGCAACGUCUUCCCCGUCAACUUCCAGAAGGGCGGCCUCAUCGGCGGCGGCAACCUCAACGACAAGCUACCUCUGAGCGAGCAGGAGGACCUGAUCGUGUGGAUGCGGACGGCGGCGCUGCCGACGUUCCGGAAGCUGUACGGGCGGAUCGAGGCAGACAUCAUGGCGAGCGACGAGAUCACGGUGGUGAUCCAGAACAACUACAACACGUACAGCUUCGGGGGCACCAAGGCAGUGGUGCUGUCCACGGCGUCGUGGAUCGGCGGCAAGAACAACUUCAUCGGCGUCGCCUACGUGGCCAUCGGCGGCAUCUGCCUCCUCCUCGCCAUGGGCUUCAUCGUCCUCUACGUCGUCAAGCCAAGGGCCCUCGGGGACCCCGCGUACCUGUCGUGGAACAAGGAGGCCGCCGAGUACUCACACUGAUCGAACGCGAUGCUGAAAUCACAAGGCCCGUUUUGUAGAUGGAUGCAACAGGGAUAAAACGGUUUAGUAGCUGCUGUGCUCUCAAACGUUGCUUUCUAUACCUUCCUGAGCAUAAUCUUCUGACGAUGCAUGGUCUGAGGCUCCGGUUUGUGGCUCUCCCAGAUCAUGAUCAGCCUACGCGAGAUGAUCUAGGAUUUAUCUAGGUGCGGCUCUUUUGUUUCCUGUUCAGUAGCUGUAAAACACAUUGUGGUUUCUGAUAACGAAAUAUGUAUCUGGCAACUG